AUGACCAUUUUCCCCCUGUUACCUGUGAAUCUGUCAUUCGUUACCUCAACAUCAGCAUCUGCAACUCCUUCACCUGCUGUGACUCCUCUGCUCUCUCAUUCCACAGCAACAGUUUCUGCUGCUAAAGAGUCUGCAUCAGCAGAAACAGAUCUGCCUGCACACUCCUCUUCAUGUGAUGAUUCAGUUGGCCCUGACAAUGUUGAAGGUUAUGGAGCAGUGCAGGAUUUGGCCGAUUUCUUGGUUGGAUUAAGAGACCACCAUCUUGCACUGACUCAAGAGGAGUGCAGUCAGAUCAUCGCUCUGUGGCAGGCAUUAGGAGAUUAUGAUAAAAGGAAAACUGCGUACCCAUCACGUCACCAAACUAGUCUGAGUAAGGGACGAUUCCGGGCCACAAAGAAGAUCGUGGCUGCAGGUGUGGAGAGCACCAAAAGGAGUUUCAUUGGGAAUCACAGUCCUGCACAGUGGCCCGACUGCAACAGAGUGGUUGAGGCUGUUUUUGUGAAGCUGUUUGCCAGAUACCCAAGCACUGUCCACUGUGAGGGAACGAAGGUGUCAAGAUACACUGUGGUGGUACGCGCUUACAAAAACAUCAGGGAGUGCGUCAUCACAAAUGCCAGGCUGAUGAGUGAGACCACAAUCCAGCUGCCUGAAGUAAACCCUGCUACAGUUUCACAGUGGUACUGCAGGCGGUGCAAGGCACAGGAGCGAGACAUUCUUAAACAGGGUAUUCCAGCUCAACAAGCACCAAUGGCAGCCCCGGCAAAACUUCCAGCUGCCCUGCAGAAAGGACAAACUGUUGCUUUUGGCACUUUGGCUCAGCCUCACCUUUUUGUUCUGCCACCGAACACUGCUGGGCAGGCCCAGCUGAAAGAGAGGCCACAACAUCAGGCACCUCCACAGCAAUUUGUGUUUAUUCAGCGUGCUCCGCCUGCUCCUCUGCCCGUUAUGGUACCCCGGCUUCCAGCAAUGCCUAAACCGUCAAAUAUUGCAAACACACCCAUUUAUAUAUCCAUACCACCAUCAUCUCCCACACAGUCAACACCGCAAGCUGUUCCUUACACCACUCAGCAGUACAGACGCAGAAAAAUGGAGGCAGAGCAAGCAGGCAUUUCAAAAAGAAAAUACUCAAAAAAGACAGACAUAAUAGUUUGCAGCAAGUGCCAAAAGGACAGGAAGCCACAGACACAUCGGCAGUAUUUCGGUAACUGGUACUGUGAAGAGACUGAGACUCAGUCCUAUGAGGAGUGGAGGGCUUUACUGGAGAAACGCGAGUAUGGCAAAAGAAAAAAAAAAUAAAGCAGAAAAUGAGGAACACUUAGUACUGCA